AUGAUGGAACCCUGGAAUAAAACUAGUGUCUCUGAGUUCAUCCUCGUUGGGUUUCCAACUCUGCAUAAAUAUGGUCCAUACCUUUUUGUAUGUCUUCUUCUCAUUUACCUUCUUACUAUUUCUGGAAACGUGAUUAUUUUCUCUACUGUACAGCUGGACUCACAGCUCCAUAGCCCAAUGUUCUUCUUCAUUAGCGUCUUGUCUUUCCUGGAGAUUUGGUACACUGCAGUUACAAUUCCAAAGAUGUUGAUCAACCUUCUAGUGCCGAGAAAAAGCAUAUCUUUUAAGGGCUGCCUCUUACAGACUUAUUUUUUCCAUUCUCUUGGAGCCAGCGAGUGCUAUCUUCUGACGACUAUGGCCUAUGAUAGAUACUUAGCUAUUUGCCAACCACUGCAUUACACUUCUAUCAUGACCUCUGAGUUGACUGUAAAGUUAGUAGCCCUCUGUUUUACUAUCGGGUUUUUAUGUCCGAUCACUGAAGUAAUCCUAAUAUCUAAGCUUCCUUUUUGUGGGAGCAAUGAAAUCCAACAUAUCUUCUGUGACUUUCCACCACUGCUCAGCUUGGCUUGCACAGACACCUCCAUCAACGUCCUGGCUGAUUUCAUCAUCAAUAGUUUUAUUAUCCUGGUGACGUUCCUCUUCAUAAUGAUUUCAUAUAUUAGGAUCAUUUUUGCGGUCUUCCAAAUAAAGACAUCGGUUGGACGAGUGAAGGCUUUCUCUACCUGCAUAUCUCACCUGACUGUAGUAUUGUUAUUUUUUACCUGUAUUGUGUUUAUGUAUGUGCGGCUUACCACAAGUUACUCUUUGUACUAUGAUCGUGUAUUGGCAGUCAUUUAUUCUGUGCUAACCCCUAUCCUGAACCCUAUUAUAUACAGCCUACGGAACAAAGAGAUCAGAGUGUCUUUCAAACGUAAACUGUGCUCCAGAAGACAUGAUAGCUCCAAAUAAAGAACAGAUUGGCGGCUAAUUUUAGCCAGUUCUGACAAAAAAACAAAAAACAAAAAAAGCUCACUCUGGGGACUGUUAAAUUGCAGGCUAAUAGCUAAAUUCCAUUUUGAAAUUCAUAUAUAGGAACCGUGAUACUCAUUUUUUUUUUCUGAUCCAGAUACCUCUGUUAGACAAUAUAGACAGUUUGAUGAUUGCACUUUUCUCAAAUGGACAUUAACCACUUGCAUACUGGGCACCUUUACCCCCUUCCUGCCCAAGCCAAUACCCAAU